AUGUGCACCCCUCCACCCACCAAGGACUGGUCUGAGAUCAGUGUUCACAGUGAUCUGUUUGUGGGGACUGUGAGGAGAGCUGUGUCUCAGCUGGAGGAGACACUGAAUAAAGAGAUGGAGAAGCUGCCUGAAGUCAAACUGAAGAGGAUUCAGCAGUAUGCAGUGGAUGUGACUCUGGAUCCUGAUACAGCAAACCCCUGGCUCAUCCUGUCUGAAGAUGGGAAACAAGUGAGAUAUGGAGACACACUUCACAAUCUUCCUGAUAAUCCAAAAAGGUUUGCUUGGCAUUACGUUGUGCUUGGAAAGGAUGGCUUCUCCUCAGGGAGAUUUUACUAUGAGGUGAAGGUUAAGGGGAAGACUAGGUGGACUUUAGGAGUGGCCAGAGAGUCCAUAGACAGGAAGGGGAAAAUUACACUUAGCCCAGAAGAUGGACUCUGUGUUGUGUACCUAAGGAAUGUGAAUGUGUAUAAAGCCAGUAACCCCCCCCCUGUCCUCCUCUCCCUGAGAGAGAAGCCCCAGAAGGUGGGGGUGUUUGUGGACUAUGAGGAGGGUCAGGUCUCCUUUUAUGAUGUGGAGGCCAGGUCUCAUAUCUACUCUUUCACUGACUGCAACUUUACAGAGAAACUCUAUCCAUACUUCAACCCUGGUGUUAAUGCUGGUGGUAAAAACUCAGCUCCUCUCAUUAUCUCUCCUGUCAAUCACACACACUGA